CUCAAGGCUACUACUGUUGUGGCCAACCCAAAUGCACACGGUCAAAGGAAUAGCACCUUGGCAUGGUUCUGGUCCAUUGAUGUGGAGGGAGAUUCUGAUAGCAAUGACUGGAUGAAUGAAUUUUACCAUAUCCAUUGGCUGUGUACCCUAACACUUUGCAAUCAUUGGGCAGAGGAGCUGUUUCUUGUCAGUUGGGAAAUGACUUGGAUGGUAAAAUUCUUUCUUCAUAAAUCCAACCAAUGGGUUGGCCAAAUGCAUGAGGCCGAAGCAAAUGAGAUGGUUAGUCAUUGGUGCUAUGCAGCCUGGCAGGCUCAGAUUUAUCUCCGACUCUCCCAGAAUGCCCAAGAUGGCUUUGAAAGAAUAAAAGGGGUGGCUGUGGUGGCAGGGUAA